GUGAGUUUUUGAGGAAUUUCAAUGGAUACGGGUCGAAAAAUGGAUUGACCCAUAUGGGUGUUAUCAACAACAUCCAGAGAAGAUUUAUAUAGAUUUUGAUGUGAUCUGUUGAAAGAGGCUGACAGCUAUUGGCUACAAGCAAAUUUUCCUUUUCUUCUCCAUCAAAUUUCUCAUUUUUAUUUGUUUUUUCUUGCUGCAGUUUUUUGUUUUCAGUUCUGGUUUUCGGAAUCUGCGUAACACACAAACAACCCAGAUUUUGUUUGCGUUCCGAUCAUCCACUUUCUUCGUCGGAUUACUGAAAAGCUUUGGUUUCGAGGGCUUGAUUUUGAUCCAACAUGGAGAAGAAUUGAAUUCAAUUGGAAUCCGAUUCAUUUGAUCUGAAUUGGAUUGACCUUUUUUUCCUUUUCGAUUUCGUCGAAAAAGAAAGAAGAAAGGGGUGGGGGGAAUGGCGAUGAAAGGUUGGCCAUUAGAGCAAUGGAGGGGUUAUUUUCGUCAAGCAAACUCAGAUAUAUUCGAUAUAAUCGAUCAUGCUAUAACGGUAGCCGCUUUAGAUUGUCCUAAAGAGUUUAGAUUAUGUAGAGAUCGAAUUGCUGAGAAGCUUUUCACUUGCAAAUUCACUCGGUGUUCGGGUUGCGAUCGGGUCGAGUUGGUUGUACCCGAAUUCGAGGACGUAGACGACAACACUCGAGCCGGUACGAGCUUCAGAAGGCAAGCUGAUGAAGAAUUUGAGGCAGGUGGUAGCAAAGAGAGCAAAGCUAAUAGUAGCAGAGAUGACCCUUUGAUGAACCAAAUUGCUAGUAAUUAUAGCUAUGGAGAAGCUGAAGCUUUGACUGAUGAAAUCGAACAAGAGUCGAUGAUCGUCGGUGAAGUGUUUAGGAUCAAAGAGAUUCUUCACAAUUGUCUAGAUGAGUCGGAUUCCGUAUUGUUCGAGUCGUUGAGGAAGCUUCAAUUAAUGGAUUUGACAGUGGAUAUUCUUGAGGCAACUGGGAUCGGAAAAGCCGUUAAUCGGGUUAGAAAGCAUUCAUCGAAGCAGAUUCGUAAUCUUGCUCUAACUCUCAUCGAUGGAUGGAAGGAAUUGGUGGACGAGUGGGUUACUGCUACAAAGGCUGUUGCUGGUGUUACUCCGGAAUCUUUGAAUCCGCCCGUUGGUGAUGAGGACGAAGUAGAAGAGGAGGAAGAAGGGCUUCCGUCUCCUCCCUUAGAUGUAGGAGCUCUCUUCGCUACUCAACCUACAUCAAUGGAGCUCUCGCAGUUCUUCGAUGGCAUGGAUGAUGACGGAAAUCCUGGUAGCAGUGGGGAUUUCAUCAAGAACCGGAGUAACGGAAGAAAACCAUCGGACGAGAACCGGAAUUUUUUGAAACAAAAACCGCAGACAUCGAGUGAAGCUAAUCUGCUCACCAUGGAUGAUCCGAGGCAACAAAUGAAGAGACAAGAACCCGUUGCAAAGCCUAAUAACAAUCCGUCGAGCACAAAUGUCGUGUACGGGAGACCUCCAAAACAUAAUAUCGAGCAAAAGGCCUACAACGAAUCUAAGUCGGCGCAGAAACCGGAUAAGAUGUUUGUCCCCAAGAAGCCCCUCCACGAUCAACAAGAUAAACUCAAGACUUUGGAUGAAGAACGAAAGCUCGAGGCAACAAAAAGGAAGCUACAAGAGCGAUAUAAACAAGUCGAGAAUGCCAAGAGGAAACGGACGAUACAACUGAUGGAGCUUCGUGACAUCCCAAAGCAAGGGUCCGGCCACAAAAAUCCGUAUUUUAAACAUGGUAGCCAUAACCGACAAUGGUCGAACGGAAGGAGGUAGCCUCCCCCUGUCUCUCUCUCUCCCGUGUUUCGAAAAGCGGUGUCCAUAGCCUUCCUAGUUUCUUCCAUUGUUGCGAAUCGGGUGUAAGAAUACCCCAAUAAACACAAUUGGGAACCACGGAGACCUAAAUCCCACCAUUUCAGCAAUCAAAUAACGAGGAUUCUUUUCUGUGAUUGAUGUUGAUGAUCAAGAUAACAAAAGACAUUCCGAAGAAACGGAAACGCGCUUCCUUUCGAUCGAUUGCUGUAGAGGUAUAGGGACCUUUUUUUACCACCUUUCUACUGCAAUGCUUGGAUAGGAACUACAGAAAAUGAUGGGUAAAAAUCACUCAUUUGAGGACUGGUAAGUUCUUCAAUCUGUGUAUGGAACAAGAACCCUAAUUUUUUACCCAUCUUUUUUUUAUCGACUUAUCA